AUGGGCGCAUAUUACUGCGCCAUAUGUAGGCAAACUGCGUUCAACGGGAAAGGACACAUUUUCGGGAAACAUCAUCAGAGCAGGUUAAGGCUGGUUCUGAUGAAAUUCAUAGAGAAGGUGAAGGAUGCACGGCGAACACUUAAAAAACCGGAAGUCGAAAGGUUUGAUUACACCCAACACAAGAAAACCUUCUGGUGUUACUGCUGUGGCCUGGAAGUUGAACGGAAUGUUACCGAUGGAAAAAUGACCGUGUUACAUGGAGGCUUAUUGGAGCACAUGGCCACAUCAGAACACAGAAAGAGUACCCACAAGUUCUGGUGGGACAACAAAGCUGAUCCCAAGUUGAAAGACAAAGUCAUCAUCACACAGGAAGAGACUGAACUGUUCAAAGCUGAGGUGGAAAAAGUAUUGGCAUCAUAUGUGGAGAAGGAGGAUGAAUUCAUUCAACAGCAAGCUGAUUUGAUCCGGGUCCAGGAGAAACAGCGUGAAGAAUUUCUUAAGUCUCUUCCAGAGCAUGAAGCAGAACCAGCGUCGGUUAACGGACGUCACGGAACAGAAUUGGCAGCUCAAGCCAGCGUCAGAUUUCAAUGGACGUCACGGGGAGCUAACCAGCGGACGGACAGCGGCGUUGACUCGAUGGUUGACGCGCAGCAACAGGGCCUGACUUUCAUUGGAUAUCAGGAUUCAUCAAACAGCGGAAAUGUACACACAGGUGCUGUCCCUCCUUGGCUGCAAGAAGACGAUCCUCUAGAGGGGACGUCCGCAAGUGCAGCACCACCAGAAAUUGGCCCGUCAGCACAGGAGUUCCUCAGACAGAAGGAGCAAGAGAAGAUGAGGAAGCUCCCACCGAACAGAGUGGGGGCCAACUUUGACCACAGCUCACACACAGACGCUAACUGGUUGCCUUCCUUCGGCCGCGUGUGGAACAGCGGCAGACGCUGGCAGUCAAGGCAUCAGUUUAGACAGGAGGAAGGCCAGAAAAACAACAUGAAGAGGAAGAUGAAGCAUGAUGCUGAAGGGUCUAAAAAGAGAAGCACUACAGCAGAUGACCAUUGGGGGUCGUGCCAGACUACUAGUCGGUGUCACGGUGCUGCUUUGUCAGACGAGUGCCCUUCACCGGUGAUUUCCGGAACGCGGAGGAGGAGGAGGGAGGUGGUGGUGGUUGAGUGUCCGAGAGAUGUAGCCCGCCUGCCUGCCUUCCAGCUACCUUCCACUCUCCGGCAUCCACCCCACCUCCUGUACUCCCUUUGGCCGAGGACGACGGACAAACGCUGGGAUGCCGAUGCUGCCAUCAGCAAUCUUUUCUUUAAUAGUCAACCUGAGGGGGCCACGUUUGAAGAACUAGCAGCUUUUAACAAUCAGCACGAAACAGCUGCAGAAUUUCUCCAGGCAGAACCAGAAACAUGGGACUCCCGAGACGACUUCAAGGCAGCAUCUUCCAUCGUGCACAGUCUGAAGGUUGUUAACGAUUUAGCUGAAAGGGGAGUGGCACUCAUUGAAGAGGACAAUCCUCUGUUAACUAAUGAUGAGGAACAGAAACAAUACUUGCUGCAAGUCGUACAGGACCACAGGAAGAGAUUCCCCGAUGCAAAAAAGGCCACACUGCUCCAGAGUGAAAUCAAUAAAUAA